GAUGAGGAGGGCUUUGUGUGGAGGUUUUGCGGGACGCUCCUCUACUGCUUCUGUGGCGGCUGCUUUCGUCCACUCGCCUCCGCUUCCUCCGCCGAUUAGGGUUUCGUUUUUCACUUAUUCUUCUGAAGCAGCAGUCAUUGGCAUGGCGCAGAAGGCGGUGUCGGAAGUGGAGUGGCCGGCGAACAAAGUCAGGGACACGUUUAUCAAUUUCUUUGAGUCCAAAAACCACGUCGAUUGGAAAUCUAGCCCUGUUGUUCCCGUCAAUGAUCCCACUCUUCUCUUUGCCAAUGCUGGUAUGAACCAGUUUAAGCCAAUCUUUUUAGGGACUGCUGAUCCAAACACUGCCUUGAGUAAACUAACUCGUGCUUGCAACACCCAAAAGUGUAUCCGAGCUGGUGGGAAACACAAUGAUCUUGAUGACGUGGGAAAAGAUACUUACCACCACACAUUCUUUGAGAUGCUUGGUAAUUGGUCAUUUGGGGAUUACUUCAAAAAGGAAGCUAUUGAAUGGGCUUGGGAGCUUCUCACCAAGGUGUAUAAACUACCUACUGAUCGUAUUUAUGCCACUUAUUUUGGUGGUGAUGAGAAAUCUGGUCUAUCUCCUGAUACUGAAGCUAGGGAUAUGUGGCUCAAGUUUUUGCCACCUGGACAUGUAUUGCCCUUUGGUUGUAAAGACAACUUCUGGGAGAUGGGUGAUACUGGUCCUUGUGGGCCUUGCACUGAAAUACAUUUUGAUAGAAUUGGUAAUCGUGAUGCUGCAUCAUUGGUUAACAAUGAUGACCCUACGUGUAUUGAGAUAUGGAACCUCGUGUUUAUACAGUUCAACAGGGAAAGCGAUGGUUCUCUUAAAUCUCUGCCUGCUAAACAUGUUGACACUGGAAUGGGCUUUGAAAGAUUGACUUCUAUUCUUCAGGGCAAGAUGAGCAAUUAUGAUACUGAUGUGUUCUUACCCAUCUUUGAUGCUAUUCAACAGGCGACUGGUGCUCGACCAUAUUCAGGGAAAGUUGGAUCAGAUGAUGCAGACAAAGUUGACAUGGCAUACAGGGUUGUUGCUGAUCACAUAAGAACACUUUCUUUUGCUAUUGCUGAUGGUUCUUGUCCAGGCAAUGAGGGUCGUGAAUACGUUCUGAGGCGUAUUCUCCGUAGAGCUGUUCGUUAUGGAAGUGAAGUUCUGAAAGCACAAGAAGGAUUCUUCAAUAGCCUCGUAAACAUUGUUGUAAAGGUGAUGGGUGAUGUUUUCCCUGAACUGAAACAACGUGAAGUGCACAUCAGGGAAAUAAUUGCUGAAGAGGAAGCAAGUUUUGGCAAGACAUUACUUAAGGGAAUCGAGAAAUUUAAGAAGGCUGCUCAGGAAGUUCAGGGGAAGAUAUUGAAUGGACAGGAUGCAUUUGUAUUGUGGGACACAUAUGGCUUUCCUUUGGACCUGACUCAGUUGAUGGCAGAGGAAAGAGGCUUAAUAGUUGAUGUUCAGGGUUUCAAUGCUGCCCUGGAUGAGGCAAGGGAAAGAUCAAGAAGCGCUCAGAAUAAGCAAGCUGGUGGCACUAUUGUCAUGGAUGCUGAUGCUACCUCAGCUUUGCACAAGCGGGGAGUUGCUCCAACAGAUGAUUCCUUCAAGUUCACAUGGUUCCAGGAUCAUGGAAGUGUAAUCAAAGCUAUUUACUCCGGAUCUGAGUUCUUGGAAAGUGCUUCUGCUGGGAAUGAAGUUGGAAUUGUUCUAGAAACAACAAGUUUUUAUGCUGAACAAGGUGGUCAGAUUUUUGAUACCGGGUCACUUGAGGGAACCUCCGGGUCAUUUCAAGUUUGUAAUGUUCAAAUUUAUGGUGGCUUCAUUCUUCAUAUUGGUUCCUUCACUGAAGCAUCUGGCAGAUUCUCUGUAGGUGAUAAAGUAAUAUGUAAGGUUGACUAUGACAGGCGUAAAGUCAUUGCUCCUAACCAUACCUGUACACAUAUGUUGAACUUUGCUCUUAGGGAAGUACUUGGCAAUCAUGUUGAUCAGAAGGGAUCCAUUGUUCUUCCUGAGAAGUUACGAUUUGAUUUUUCUCAUGGCAAGCCCGUUCAUCCUGAUCAUUUAAGAAAGAUUGAGUCAAUUGUGAAUGAGCAAAUCGAUGCUGAGUUAGAUGUAUUUUCAAAGGAUGCAAGCCUUGCUGAUGCCAAGAGUAUAAAUGGCUUACGAGCUGUUUUUGGAGAAGUUUAUCCAGACCCAGUUAGGGUUGUGUCAAUUGGUCAAAAAGUGGAGGAUCUCUUGGCUGAUCCAGGAAAUGAAAAAUGGUUAUCAAUUUCUGCAGAACUUUGUGGAGGUACCCAUAUAUCAAAUACCCGAGAGGCUAAGGCAUUUGCUCUUUUAUCUGAGGAAGGAAUCGCCAAGGGAAUCCGAAGGAUUACUGCUGUUACAACUGAUGUUGCUUUUAAGGCAAUAGAGUUGGCACGCUCGCUUGAACAGGAAGUGGAUGAUGCAUCUAAGACGGAAGGGAUCUCGUUGGAAAAGAAAGUUGCUUCUUUAAGAAGUCGUGUUGACUCUGCGCCUAUUCCAGCAGCCAGGAAAGCUGAUCUCAGGGCCAAGAUUUCCCUACUUCAGGAUCAAGUCAGGAAGGCACAAAAGAAGAUCGCUGAAGAAAAUAUACAGAAAGCUGUCAAGGCUGCAACUGAUAUGGCCCAGCUUGCUGCUUCAGAUGGAAAAACGUUCUGCAUCUCUCAUGUGGAUGUUGGUUUAGAUACAACUGCAGUGCGUGAAGCAGUCCUAAAAGUCAUAGAGCAAAAGGGAAUAUCGGUGAUGAUUUUCAGUACAGAUGAAACCACAAACAAGGCGGUAGUGUAUGCUGGAGUGCCACAGAAGGGAGAUAAAGCAAAGCAGUUAGAGGUGUCAGAAUGGUUGACAGCAGCUUUAGGGCCUCUAAAAGGGCGAUGUGGUAAAGGAAAAGGCGGUCUUGCUCAAGGCCAGGGUACAGAUUCAUCGCAUGUGAAGGAGGCCAUGGAUGUGGCAGAAAAUUUUGCAUCAAUGAAAUUGAGAUGAUGGUUCAUGGUUCACAACUAACAUUCUUGUUGAUUCAGAUGAUCAAGAUACAUUGAAACACAAAAGGAAAAUAGUGGACUAAAAUGGAAUCAUUAUAUUGAUGCUUCCACAACAUUUUCUAAAGAAAUGAGUGCAGAUGAAUACUUUAUGGUAUUAUUGUUUAUUAUUAUCACUUUCUUGGCUUCAAAUGGCAUAACAAUUAGAAAGCAUUUGUCUCAAGAAAAUGAAAACCCUAAGGAAUGUGUCAGUAUGACAAUGAGUGCACUCUUUCCCUUGCUUUUUAUCAUUUGGGUUGUUGCAUGGUAAGUAGUCAAUGGUUAGUGGGAUGUUGUUGUUUGUUUCCAGUUUUUUCCUAGGAAAUGAAUUCAAGCCAAACAGUGAUUAUGGAACAUCAUA